CCGAGUUCUUUCACUUCGCCUGAUGAUCCUGAGAUAGGAAGCUGGAAUCGACUUCCGCGGUGGCCACAUCCAACGGAAUUCGUGUUUUUUCAGUGCCAAAGGGUUUCAAGCUUGAGCCUCCAAAAUGGUCAUAAUGGGCCCGCAAGGGCUGACCGCCGCCCAGGUGGGUGCCAUCUGGGAAGAGCGUCCCCUGUCGCUGUUGAACUUGGACUUUGUGCUCGGUGGCCCGCGGUCGGACGAUGACUACGACGCGUUCGACGCCUUCUUCAGCGAUCAUCUGCUGGCGGAGCGGGCGCCCUCGCUGGCCAAGGGCAACAAAGCGGCCGACCGGAUCCGGGCCGAGGGGAAUCGGUUCUAUGUGCGCGGCGACUACCACGCCGCGAUGGGCAAGUACAACGAGAGCAUCUGCUACGCGGCGCCCGGCUCGGAACAGAUGGCGAUCGCGUGCGCCAAUCGGUCGGCAUUUAACUACGAACAUAACGAGUUCGAGCAGGCCCUGGUUAACAUCCGGUUGGCCAAGAAGCACAACUAUCCGGAACGACUGAUGCCGAAGCUGUUGAAUCGAGAGCUUAGCUGCAAGCAGAAGCUUGCCGCCGGAGAAUCGAAGGGAUUGAUUCCGUGUCCGCUGAUGUACAUUAACGUGGAGACGAACCCGAAGAUUCCCUUCCUGGCCAAGGGUAUUCACAUGGAGGUGUUGCCGGAUUUCGACCGGAGUAUGGUUGCCGACCGGGACUUCCGGACGGGGGACGUUAUUUUGGACGAGAAGUGCAUUCUUGCCGUCGUGGACGCCGAGCGACGCUAUCAUCGGUGUGGCCGCUGCUCUACGGAAGGAUUUUACUCGUUGAUACCGUGUCCGCACUGCGUUUCGGUCAUGUACUGUAGCGAGAAGUGUCUGGAGUGGGACUGGAAGUACGUCCAUCGCUUUGAGUGCGCCGUCUCGGACAAGCUGCAGUACAUUUCGUACGGCCACGUGGCCAUGGGAUCGAAGCUGUUUCUGUACGGACUCUCGCUGUUCAACGACGACCUGGACGAGAUGAUGCGCUACUUUGAGACGUUGGAGAAGUCCGGGGGGAACGCCCUCAACCUAGACUACACCGAGUACGACCCGCUGGAAGAGUGGAAGGACCUUUGCAACGUGAAGGUCGUCGAACCUGGCCUUAUUUUCGCUUACCGAAACGAGAAUUUUGCUCGAUUGGCCGGAUCUGCGCAUUGCUAUAUGCUGCUGAAGAACCCGGCCGUCGCCGCAAUCGUCAACACGCCCGCCAAGCGAACCUUCAUGUACCAAUGCGUUCGAGAUUUCGUCCGGCUGGCCAACUUCUACAAGUGGGAAAGCUUCUCCAGUCCGCUCUGUCCGGUGGCGUCCCUGUUCAACCACUCGUGCGACGCCAACGCAGUCGCCACGAUCCACUCGGACAAGAUCCGGAUCGUCGUGCUGCGUCCAAUCCGUGCAGGUGAGCAGAUUUGUGUCUCGUACGGUCCAAGCUGGUGGGACAAACCCGAUCCCACUCCGUACAGGGCGCACUUUGAGUGCAAAUGUGUCGCUUGCGAUCCGGAAAAGUACGACGAGUGGCGCGCCCAAGGUCGGGAACCUCCGGCCAGCUUCUUCAAGAACGCUGAAACGGCCAUCGCGGUGCUAGGGGACGAGCUGGCCAACAAUGCCGCCAAAUACAACGCCAUUACGCAGUUGAUCGAGAAAUACGCGUACCUUCAUCCGCAGAAAAACUUUGCGGCCCUGCUGUACAAGCACCAGGAGUCGCUGCGCACGCUCAUUGACGACGAGGACGGAACGUACCAUCGGACCAUCGCCCAUGCAAAGUUGGAAGAGGAAGACGAAUGAGCUUCUUUUGUUGAAUUGAUUUAUUUGAGUUAUUUUUCAUGAACAAUAAAGUAAAAGCCUUUCAGAA